CAUAUUUGGCCGCAUACAUAGCAAAACGAAGUACAGUGCAUCGCUAUAAUUCAUUAAUACAUCAUAAAUCGUCAAGCACAGGGUUAUAACGACCACGAUCCACAAAUCAAGCCCUCCAAAAUCACCCAAAUGAGCUCGUACUUUGUAAACUCCUUCUCGGGGCGUUAUCCAAAUGGCCCGGACUAUCAGUUGCUAAAUUAUGGCAGUGGCAGCUCUCUGAGCGGCUCGUACAGGGAUCCCGCUGCCAUGCACGCCGGCUCUUACGGCUACAGUUACAAUGGGAUGGAUCUCAGCGUCAACCGCUCCUCGGCCUCCUCCAGCCACUUUGGGGCGGUGGGCGAGGGCUCGCGCGCCUUCCCCGCGUCCGCCCAGGAGCCCCGCUUCAGGCAGGCGACGUCCAGCUGCUCCCUGUCCUCGCCCGAGUCCCUGCCCUGCACCAACGGCGACAGCCACGGCGCCAAGCCCUCCGCUUCGUCCCCAUCCGACCAGGCGACCCCAGCCAGCUCCAGCGCCAAUUUCACCGAAAUAGACGAGGCCAGCGCGUCCUCCGAGCCCGAGGAAGCGGCCAGCCAGCUGAGCAGCCCCAGCCUAGCUCGGGCACAGCCAGAGCCCAUGGCCACCUCUACAGCCGCGCCCGAGGGGCAGGCUCCGCAGAUAUUUCCCUGGAUGAGGAAGCUUCACAUCAGCCACGAUAUGACUGGGCCGGACGGGAAAAGGGCCCGGACGGCGUACACUCGCUACCAGACCCUGGAGCUGGAGAAGGAAUUCCACUUCAACCGCUACCUGACCCGGCGGCGGCGCAUCGAGAUCGCGCACGCCCUGUGCCUGUCCGAGCGGCAGAUCAAGAUCUGGUUCCAGAACCGGCGCAUGAAGUGGAAGAAAGACAACAAACUGAAAAGUAUGAGCCUGGCUACAGCCGGCAGCGCCUUCCAACCAUGAGCCCAUCCGGAGGAGCCCUGGGCGGCCCAAGAGUCCGCACCACCCCCAGCCCGACCCUUCCAACUCUCCCUGUGCUGCCACAGCUCGCUGGGAACCUGUUCCCAGGAGCCUGUCUCGCCCCAGUCUUGUGUUACAGCUUUUCGUUUGGUCUUAGGUCUUCCCAUGGCUCCCUCUCUCCUGGACUGGUUUAUCUUGUUAUUAUUGUUAAUAAUAAUAAUUAUUAUUAUUAUUUCCCCUCCAUGAUCCCCCACAUCCUCCCCCGCUCGCCCCAAAUUGCCAGUGUCUCUGAAUGUCCUCGUCUCCGUGGUUGCAUUCCUUUCCCCAGGAAAAAAAAAAAAAAAAAAAAGAAAAGAAAAAGAAAAAGAAAAAGAAAUCCGCAUGUUUAAUGUUCCCCUCCCCGUCUGUGUUCUAACUUAUUUAUAAAAGGAUGGUGGCUGUAUUUUGAGUUUCCCCUGGAAACUUCCAUGAGGGGCAGCAGCGCUAGGCCCAGCUGAGCUGGCCUGGGGAAAUGCAGUCCAUGAUUGUGUCUCUUUCCGCCCACCUCAUCUUUCUUCAGCCCCCCACUUCCUAGGCUCAAUUCUCCUACUGGCUUGUUCCUGGGGUGGCGAGGAGGGCUGUGAAGGACCAAAGUGUGGAUAUGGAGAAGAAGGGAGGGAAAGAGUGAGAGUUAAGCCCCUGCUGCCUGGUAGGCCCCACAAGGCCUACUCUGGGAGUGCGUGGAAUCAGAAAUAAUCCUCAGUGUAAAAUGUCUUGUGAUUUUUUUUUUUUUUUUUUUUACCCCUCUGUGAAUCUGUGGGUCUGGCUAGAAGACCCAAAGCUUGUAUGUAAAUAUGGGGAUAGUCUGGGCCAGGCCAAUCACUUCCUCCCUUACCCAUUUCGCUUCUAAAACCAUUUGUAGUGAGCGAGUGAAUGCUGUGCUACGUGUGAAAUCUGUCUCUGCCAGGCCUGUCUCAGUGAUUAGCUUUCGGUAUGUUUGUAGCUUUUCCUUGAAGUCAAAUAAAUGUCUCCCCCACUCCAA